AUGGAGAGCAAGCCAGCAGUGAAUGGCCAAGCUGGCCCCCUCGCUUGCCAGGACAACGUGCCAGGAGCAACCCUCUGGUGCCAGGACGUGGGGCCUGGAAAACAGAGGAGAGCAGCUGACAGGGACAGGACAGUGAUGGACACUUCCCGUGAGCCUUCGGAGGCAGCUGGCAGCAUUGCUGGAGUCUACGUAGAGGCUUCCAAGAAGGUCAUGAGCUUUUAUGAUGCCACCAGAGAGCAUCUCCUGAGUUUGGAUUGUGCUCUGUGGCUCCUGGAGGCCCAGGCAGCCACGGGUGGCAUUGCUGACCCGCUGAGGAGGAGCCACGAAUCGGUGGCAGAGGCUGUGCAGCGGGGGCUGGUGGGGCUGGAGCUGAGGGAGAGGCUCCUCUCUGCAGAGAAAGCUGCUACUGGCUUCCUGGACCCCUACACAGAGGAGAAAAUCCCCCUCUUCCAGGCUAUCCAGAAGGAGCUGGUGGGGAGGGAGCAGGGGGCCCGGCUGCUGGAGGCGCAGCUGGCAACCGGAGGUGUCCUGGACCCGGCCACGGGCGGCCGGCUGCCGGCAGACACCGCCUGCCAGAGGGGGUACCUGGGCGAGGAGAUGAGGCAGCUCCUCUCCGACCCCAGCAAUGAGGACAGCAAAGGGUUCCUCGACCCCAGUACGAUGGGUAAGGUCACGUACAUGGAGCUGAUGAAGAAGUGUGUUGUUGAUCCGGCCUCAGGCUUUCUCCUCCUGCCCCUGCAAGUCACCUUUGCAGGGCUGGGGGGGAGGGUGAGCAGCAGGGACCUGCUGGACUCUGGCAUCAUCAGCCCUGACCUGUUCAGAGGUCUCGAGGAGGGAAGAGUUUCUGCCCAGGAGGUGGCAGAGAAUGACUCCAUUCAGCAGUUCCUGCGUGGGACGAGGAGUGUGGCUGGUGUUGUCCUGCCUCCCAGUGAGAGGAAGAGCCUUUACCAGGCCCUGAGAGAGCAUCUCCUCAUGCCUGGUGCUGCUCUGAUGCUCCUGCAGGUCCAGGCCUCCACCGGCAGCCUGACUGACCCCAUAAAGAACAAAAGCUACUCAGUUGAUGAGGCUGUCAGGGUUGGUCUCAUUGGCCCAGAGCUUCAUGAGAAGUUGUCUUCAGCUGAGAGGACCAUCACUGGCUACCGGGACCCCUGCACUGGAGAAAUGCUCUCUCUGUUCCAAGCCAUCAGGAAAGGCUUCAUCCCCAGGGAUCAUGGCAUUUGCCUUCUGGAGGCACAGAUGGCCACGGGGGGGAUCAUUGCUCCUGGCAGGCACCUCCGUGUCCCCACAGAGACAGCUUGCAAGUGGGGGUACCUGGAUGAGGCCACAAAACAGCUUCUCUCCAGUCCUACUGAAGACAUGAAAGGGUUCUUGGACCCCACCUCCAAGGAGAAGCUGAUCUACGCAGACCUGCUCAAGUGCUGUGUCACUGACCCCAUCACAGGGCUCCUCCUGCUGCCACUUGGUGGAGGCAGCAGAGAAGGAUCCCUCUUCUUUGACCACAGGACCCAAACAGCUCUGGAAAACACAGAGGUGCCCAUCUCUGUGGGGAAAUUCAAGGGGAAGUCGGUGUCUCUCUGGAAGCUCCUCUUCUCAGACUACAUCCAGGGUGAGCAGAGAGCUGCUCUGGCCCAGCAGUACCUUUCAGGAACCCUCUCUAUGCAGGAACUGGGUGAAGCAGUCAGGGCCACCGUUGAGGAGAUGGCUUCCACUGCUAACCUCACCUUUGAAGGACUGAGGGACCGCGUGACAGCCAACCAGCUCCUGAGCUCUGAAAUCAUCAACAAAGAUUUGUUUAAGAAACUGAAGGAGGGAGAAACAUCAGCCAAGGAAGUUGUCAGUAUGGACACGGUCAAGAAGUACCUGCAAGGGACAGGUAGCAUUGGUGGGCUCCUGCUUCCUGACUCCCAGGAGAAGAUCAGCAUCUACCAGGCAAAGCGGAAAGGACUUUUGAGGCCAGGGACAUCCCUGAUUCUCCUGGAGGCACAGGCUGCGACCGGGUUUGUCAUUGACCCCACUGCCAACAAAAGGUAUUCCGUGGAUGAGGCUCUGAGAGCCAACGUCAUCGGCCCAGAUGUGUACGACAAGCUGCUGGCAGCGGAGAAAUCGGUCACCGGCUACAGGGACCCCUACUCAGGAGACAAGAUCUCCCUCUUCCAGGCCAUGAAGAGGGAGCUGAUUGUCAAGGAGCACGGCAUCCGCCUGCUGGAGGCCCAGAUCGCCACGGGCGGCAUCAUCGACCCCGUGCACAGCCACCGCAUCCCUGUGGAGGUGGCCUACAAGAGGGGCUACUUCGACAAGAAGAUGAACUUGAUCCUUUCUGACCCCAGCGACGACACCAAGGGCUUCUUCGACCCCAACACCCAUGAGAACCUCACCUACCUGCAGCUGAAGGAGAAGUGCAUCACAGAGCCAACCACUGGGCUCUGCCUGCUUCCUCUGAACAGCAGGAAGCGCCAGUUCAUCGAUGACACCACCAGACGGGUCUUCAGCAGCUCCUGGAUGCCUGUCAGGUUCGGGAGGUUCCGGGGAGAGAAGGUCUCUGUGUGGGACCUGCUGAACUCUGAGUACUUCAGCGAGGGCAGGCGCCGGGAGAUCUUCAACCACUACCAGCUGAAGAAGCUCACCCUGGAGCAAAUCCGGGUCAUGUUAGAGGAGGAAAUGAAAAAAUGGGCGCCCAUCAAGUUCCUGGCCAUGAGAGGCAGCGUCAGUGCUUACCACCUGAUGGAGACAGGGGUCAUUGACAAGGCCCUGUUCGAGAAGGUGUUGGAGGGAUCCGUCACACCAGAGGAGGUCCUGCACAUGGACUCUGUCAGGAAAUACCUCUAUGGCUCCGGCAGCAUUGGAGGGGUUGUGCUGCAGCCCUCAAACCAGAGGAUAAGCAUUUACGAGGCCAUGAAGAAAAACAUCAUGGUACCGGGGGUAGCCCUCCCACUGCUGGAGGCCCAGGCUGCCACAGGCUUCAUCAUCGACCCUGUGAACAACCAGAAGCUCUGUGUGGAUGAUGCCAUCAAGGAGGGAGUCAUUGGGCCAGAAGUCCAUGAGAAGCUGCAGCAUGCAGAAGGGGCUGCAACAGGCUACAAAGACCCUUUCACAGGCAAGAAGAUCCCCCUCUUCCAGGCCAUGAAGAAGGGCUUGAUUGCUGACAAACAGGCCAUGCAGCUGAUGGAGGUGCAGAUGGCUACAGGAGGCAUCAUCGACCCAACGUGUGGCCACUAUAUCCCCAUAGAAUCUGCUCAGAAGCGUGGGUGCCUGGAUGAGGACACCAGCAAGGCUCUCUCUGAACCCAGUGACAGCACCAGGGCCUUCAGCGUCCCAGACAGCAAGGAGACCAUGACCUAUGCUGAGCUAAUCCAGCGCUGCCAGAAGGACGAGGUCUCCGGUUUCCACUUACUGCCUCUGCCACAGGCAGCUGCUGCUGCCUACACUGAUGAGGAAAUCCAACGGAUUUUUAAGGAAACUGUGGUGAAGGAAAAAGGGGUAUCCCUCUGGGAACUGAUCCACUCCGGGUACUUCACCGAGGAGCAGAGGAACGACUUCAUGGAGAGGUUCCGCUCUGAGGAGAUGUCGCUGCAGCAGCUGGUGACCCUGGUGCUGCGGCUGGUGGGGGAGAUGGAGCUGAAGGCUCGGACCCACAUCACCCUGCAGGGCCUGCGGGGCAGCGUCCCUGCUGUCUGGCUGCUGGACACUGGCAUAAUUUCUGAGGAGACGUUUGAGGAACUGGCUCAGGGUGUAAGAACUCCCGAGGAAGUGGCUGGGAUGGAGAGCGUGAGGAGGUACCUGCAGGGCACGGGGAGCAUUGCUGGCGUGUUCAUAGAGGCAUCCAAAGAGAAGAUGAGCUUUUACGAUGCCAUGAAAAACAAUCUCCUCCUGCCCGGGGCUGCCCUGAGGCUGCUGGAAGCUCAGGCAGCCACGGGAUACCUGACUGACCCCACCACCAACCAGAGGCUCAGUGUGAGGGAUGCUGUGAAAGCUGGUGUUGUUGGUGAAGAGCUCACUGAGAAACUCCUUCUGGCUGAGAGGGCAGUGACUGGCUACACAGACCCCUACACAGGGAGCUCCAUCUCACUAUGCCAGGCCCUCCGGAAAGAGCUGAUUCCCUUGGGAGAUGCUCUUCCCUUGCUAGAGGCCCAGCUGGCCACAGGAGGGAUUAUUGAUCCCAUCCACCACCACUACCUCCCACUCCAGGCUGCCUACAGAUACGGCUUCUACGAUGAGGGCCUGAACCAAACCCUCUCGCAGCUAAAUGACAGCACCAAGGCCUUUUUUGACCCAAACACGAAGGAGAACAUGACCUACCAGCAGCUGAAGGACAGGUGUGUUCAUGAGGCCGAGACAGGGCUCUGGCUCCUUCCCCUGUCAGAAGACGCCAUGUUCUGUGUGGAUGAGCAGACCAUGGAGGUGCUGAGAUCUGUGACCGUUUGUGUCAACAUAGGGCGGUUCAAAGGCCAGACAGUAUCGGUCUGGGACCUUCUCAACUCUGAAUACCUCUCAGACAGCAAGAGAAGAGAGCUAGUGCAGAAGUACAAAGAGGAGAAGGCCAAAGUGCUACAAGAAAUCAUAACAAUUGUCACCACGAUCAUCAAAGAGACCGAGACGCGAGGCAAGAAGUUUGCGUUCAAGGGCCUGCGGAAAAGAGUCUCUGCCAGCGACCUCUUCCAGUCUCAGCUGAUAGACAAAAAGACCCUCGAUGAGCUCAGCCAGGGGAAGAAAACUGUCAAAGAGGUCACAGAAAUGGACUCUGUCCGCAGGUACCUAGAGGGCACCAAUUUCAUAGCAGGGGUCCUUAUACAGCCCAGCAACGAGAAGAUGAGCAUCUACCAGGCCAUGUGGAAGGGUAUCCUGAGGCCAGGGACAGCCCUGGUGCUGCUGGAGGCACAGGCUGCCACUGGCUACAUCAUUGACCCGGAGAAGAACAAGAAGUUUUCAGUGGAGGAAGCAUUAGCUGUGGGUCUAAUUGGAGGGGAGAUCUUUGAAAAGCUUCUCUGUGCAGAGAAAGCCGUGACGGGCUACACCGACCCCUACACCAAGGCCCCCAUGUCCCUGUUUGAAGCUAUGAACCAAGGGCUGAUUGUGAGGAGCCACGGCAUCCGCCUGCUGGAGGCCCAGAUCGCCACGGGCGGCAUCAUCGACCCCGUGCACAGCCACCGUGUCCCCGUGGAGGUGGCCUACCAGAGGGGCUACUUUGACCAGGAGAUGAACCAGAUCCUGUCCGACCCCAGCGACGACACCAAGGGCUUCUUUGACCCCAACACCCAUGAGAACCUCACCUACAUGCAGCUCCUGGAGAGGUGUGUCCAAGAUCCAGAGACUGGGUUGUACAUGCUACAAGUUGUGCAGGAAGGAGGAAAAUAUUUCUACAUUGACGAGCUUACAAAACAGGCUUUGAGGGCGAAGCUCCUUGAAGUGCAAGUUGGAAAGUUUAAGGGCCAAACAGUUUCCAUCUGGGACAUUCUCUGCUCCCAUUACAUCUCCCAGCAGAAACGGAAAGAACUAGUGAUCCAGUACAAAUGCAAAACCCUCCCAAUGGAAGACCUCAUAGCCCUCAUCCUGAAAAUAAUUGAGGACACGGAGCAAAGAGCAGCAACCCUCAAGGUUAAAGGGCUGCGGGGGGAGGUGUCAGUGUCAGAGUUGUUCAACUCUGAGAUCAUCGACAAGAAAACCCUGGACCAGCUGCAGGAUGGGAGACUCACCCUGGCCAGCCUCACAACGAGGGACACCAUCAGAAGCUACCUGGAUGGCACUGGAUGCAUUGCUGGGGUCCUGCUUCCAUCAAGGAAAGAGAAGAUGAGCAUCUCCCAGGCCCUGGAGAGGGGCCUCCUCACCGAGCAGUGUGCACUGGGGCUGCUGGAGGCACAGGCUGCCACUGGCUUCAUCAUUGACCCCCUGAAGAAUGAGAAGCUCUCUGUUGAUGAGGCCAUCUCCACCGGGCUGGUGGGAAGCCACUUGCACCAGAAGCUCCUGUGGGCAGAGAAAGCUGUGACAGGAUACACAGAUCCUCAGACUGGAAAUAAAAUAUCCCUCUUCCAGGCCAUAAAGCAGAAGAUAACAGUCAGGGAGCACGGGAUCUGCCUGCUGGAGGCUCAGCUCGCCACGGGUGGCAUCAUCGACCCCGUGCACAGCCACCGCCUGCCUGUGGAGGUGGCCUACAAGAGGGGCUACUUGGAUGAUGACAUGUUUCUCCUGCUUUCUGACCCAGACCAUGGCAGCAAAGGCUUUAUAGAUCCAAACACUCAUGAGAAAAUCAGUUACAGUCAGCUCCUGGAGAGAUGCUCCAAGGACAGAGACACGGGACUGUACCUGCUGCAGGUCAUGGAAAAAGACAAGGACUAUUUCUACAUCGAUGAGCAAACCAAAAAUACCCUUUUAUGUACAAAGGUCCAAGUGCCUGUUGGGAAAUACAAGGGACAGGUGUUAUCACUUUGGGAACUCCUGUGUUCAGAGUACAUCACAGAAGAGAAAAGAAAAGAACUGGUGAAAAAAUAUAAAAACAAAUCUCACCACAUUAUACAAGGAAUCAGUGAGACAAUACUAAAUAUCAUCAAAGAAAAGGAGGAGGACAGAAGUGAUGUCUGGUUCCGAGGACUCAGACAACAAAUUACAGCAUCAGAACUUCUGAGUGCACAGAUCAUUACAGAAGAAACAAUGGAAAAACUCCAUGAAGGGACAGAGACGGCGCAAGAUAUCGCUCAGCUGGAGAGUGUGAGAAGGUACCUGGAAGGAACUGGCUGCAUAGCUGGCGUGCUGGUGCCCUCCAAGGCCAACCCCGCCAAGCUGGAGAAGAUGAGCAUCUACCAGGCCAUGUGGAAGGGCGUGCUGAGACCAGGGACAGCCCUGGUGCUGCUGGAGGCGCAGGCGGCCACCGGCUUCCUGGUCGACCCGCUCACCAACCAGAAGCUGUCGGUGGAUGAGGCUGUUGCAUCAGGGCUGGUGGGCAGUGAGCUCCAUAAAAAACUUCUUUCUGCAGAGAGGGCGGUGACAGGAUAUAACCACCCCUGCACGGGACAAAAGAUGUCCCUCUUCCAGGCCAUGAAGAAGGAGCUGAUUGUCAAGGAGCACGGCAUCCGCCUGCUGGAGGCCCAGAUCGCCACGGGCGGCAUCAUCGACCCCGUGCACAGCCACCGCCUGCCCGUGGAGGUGGCCUACCAGAGGGGCUACUUCGACCAGGAGAUGAGCCGCGUCCUGUCCGACCCCAGCGACGACACCAAGGGCUUCUUCGACCCCAACACCCACGAGAACCUCACCUACAUGCAGCUCCUGCGCCGCUGCGUGCCCGACCCGGACACGGGGCUGCUCAUGCUCCAGCUGAUGGACAAGGGCUCCGCCAUCUACCAGCUGCCCGAGGAGGCCCGCAAAGCCCUGCAGGCCGCCCGCACCACCCUCAGCGUGGGGCUCUUCCAGGGCCAGAGCGUCACCCUCUGGGAGCUCCUCUUCUCCCGCUACGUCCCCGACCAGCGGCGCCAGGAGCUCCUGCGCCAGUACAAGGCGGGGACGCUCAGCAUCUCCCAGAUGAGCAGCCUCCUCACCGCCAUCGUCACCGGGGAUGAGGGCCACCAGCCGCGGCAGCGCGAGGCCCCGGCGCCGGCCCAGAACGGCGAGGCCGCGGGCUCCCGGCGGGAGCGGGAGCGGGAGCGGGAGCUGGAGCAGGCCCUCAAGUCCCGCACUGUCGAGGUCCCGGCGGGCAGCUUCCCCGGCCGAGAGGUCUCCCUGUGGGAGCUCCUCUUCUCCACGUACGUCUGCGAGCAGAAGAGGCAGGAGCUGCUGGGGCAGGUGCGGGCCGGCAGCCUGGCGCUGGAGGAGCUGGCCGGGCUCCUGCGCCUCCUGGUGCAGGAGGCGGUGGAGCGGAGCAGCAAGGUGAAGUUCACGGGCCUCAGGAGGCAGGUGACCGCCUCGGACCUGGCCGACUCGGGCAUCAUCGACAAGGAGACGCUGGCCCAGCUGGUGCAGGGCUCCAAGACGGUGCAGGAGGUGACGCAAAUGGCCUCCGUCAAGCGCUACCUGGACGGCACGGGCUGCAUCGCCGGCGUGCUGGUGCCCUCCAAGGGCGACCCCGCCAAGCUGGAGAAGAUGAGCAUCUACCAGGCCAUGUGGAAGGGCGUGCUGAGGCAGGGCACGGGGCUGGUGCUGCUGGAGGCGCAGGCGGCCACCGGCUUCCUGGUCGACCCGCUCACCAACCAGAAGCUGUCGGUGGACCAGGCCGUCUCCAGCGGGCUGGUGGGCAGCGAGCUGCAGGAGAAGCUGCUGUCGGCCGAGCGGGCCGUGACGGGCUACACUGACCCCUACACGGGCCAGCAGAUCUCCCUCUUCCAGGCCAUGAAGAAGGAGCUGAUUGUCAAGGAGCACGGCAUCCGCCUGCUGGAGGCCCAGAUCGCCACGGGCGGCAUCAUCGACCCCGUGCACAGCCACCGCCUGCCCGUGGAGGUGGCCUACCAGAGGGGCUACUUCGACCAGGAGAUGAGCCGCGUCCUGUCCGACCCCAGCGACGACACCAAGGGCUUCUUCGACCCCAACACCCACGAGAACCUCACCUACAUGCAGCUCCUGCGCCGCUGCGUGCCCGACCCGGACACGGGGCUGCUCAUGCUCCAGCUGAUGGACAAGGGCUCCGCCAUCUACCAGCUGCCCGAGGAGGCCCGCAAAGCCCUGCAGGCCGCCCGCACCACCCUCAGCGUGGGGCUCUUCCAGGGCCAGAGCGUCACCCUCUGGGAGCUCCUCUUCUCCCGCUACGUCCCCGACCAGCGGCGCCAGGAGCUCCUGCGCCAGUACAAGGCGGGGACGCUCAGCGUCUCCCAGAUGAGCAGCCUCCUCACCGCCAUCGUCACCGGGGAUGAGGGCCACCAGCCGCGGCAGCGCGAGGCCCCGGCGCCGGCCCAGAACGGCGAGGCCGCGGGCUCCCGGCGGGAGCGGGAGCGGGAGCUGGAGCUGGAGCAGGCCCUCAAGUCCCGCACUGUCGAGGUCCCGGCGGGCAGCUUCCCCGGCCGAGAGGUCUCCCUGUGGGAGCUCCUCUUCUCCACGUACGUCUGCGAGCAGAAGAGGCAGGAGCUGCUGGGGCAGGUGCGGGCCGGCAGCCUGGCGCUGGAGGAGCUGGCCGGGCUCCUGCGCCUCCUGGUGCAGGAGGCGGUGGAGCGGAGCAGCAAGGUGAAGUUCACGGGCCUCAGGAGGCAGGUGACCGCCUCGGACCUGGCCGACUCGGGCAUCAUCGACAAGGAGACGCUGGCCCAGCUGGUGCAGGGCUCCAAGACGGUGCAGGAGGUGACGCAAAUGGCCUCCGUCAAGCGCUACCUGGACGGCACGGGCUGCAUCGCCGGCGUGCUGGUGCCCUCCAAGGGCGACCCCGCCAAGCUGGAGAAGAUGAGCAUCUACCAGGCCAUGUGGAAGGGCGUGCUGAGGCAGGGCACGGGGCUGGUGCUGCUGGAGGCGCAGGCGGCCACCGGCUUCCUGGUCGACCCGCUCACCAACCAGAAGCUGUCGGUGGACCAGGCCGUCUCCAGCGGGCUGGUGGGCAGCGAGCUGCAGGAGAAGCUGCUGUCGGCCGAGCGGGCCGUGACGGGCUACACUGACCCCUACACGGGCCAGCAGAUCUCCCUCUUCCAGGCCAUGAAGAAGGAGCUGAUUGUCAAGGAGCACGGCAUCCGCCUGCUGGAGGCGCAGAUCGCCACGGGCGGCAUCAUCGACCCCGUGCACAGCCACCGCCUGCCCGUGGAGGUGGCCUACCAGAGGGGCUACUUCGACCAGGAGAUGAGCCGCGUCCUGUCCGACCCCAGCGACGACACCAAGGGCUUCUUCGACCCCAACACCCACGAGAACCUCACCUACAUGCAGCUCCUGCGCCGCUGCGUGCCCGACCCGGACACGGGGCUGCUCAUGCUCCAGCUGAUGGACAAGGGCUCCGCCAUCUACCAGCUGCCCGAGGAGGCCCGCAAAGCCCUGCAGGCCGCCCGCACCACCCUCAGCGUGGGGCUCUUCCAGGGCCAGAGCGUCACCCUCUGGGAGCUCCUCUUCUCCCGCUACGUCCCCGACCAGCGGCGCCAGGAGCUCCUGCGCCAGUACAAGGCGGGGACGCUCAGCAUCUCCCAGAUGAGCAGCCUCCUCACCGCCAUCGUCACCGGGGAUGAGGGCCACCAGCCGCGGCAGCGCGAGGCCCCGGCGCCGGCCCAGAACGGCGAGGCCGCGGGCUCCCGGCGGGAGCGGGGGCGGGAGCGGGAGCGGGAGCGGGAGCUGGAGCAGGCCCUCAAGUCCCGCACUGUCGAGGUCCCGGCGGGCAGCUUCCCCGGCCGAGAGGUCUCCCUGUGGGAGCUCCUCUUCUCCACGUACGUCUGCGAGCAGAAGAGGCAGGAGCUGCUGGGGCAGGUGCGGGCCGGCAGCCUGGCGCUGGAGGAGCUGGCCGGGCUCCUGCGCCUCCUGGUGCAGGAGGCGGUGGAGCGGAGCAGCAAGGUGAAGUUCACGGGCCUCAGGAGGCAGGUGACCGCCUCGGACCUGGCCGACUCGGGCAUCAUCGACAAGGAGACGCUGGCCCAGCUGGUGCAGGGCUCCAAGACGGUGCAGGAGGUGACGCAAAUGGCCUCCGUCAAGCGCUACCUGGACGGCACGGGCUGCAUCGCCGGCGUGCUGGUGCCCUCCAAGGGCGACCCCGCCAAGCUGGAGAAGAUGAGCAUCUACCAGGCCAUGUGGAAGGGCGUGCUGAGGCAGGGCACGGGGCUGGUGCUGCUGGAGGCGCAGGCGGCCACCGGCUUCCUGGUCGACCCGCUCACCAACCAGAAGCUGUCGGUGGACCAGGCCGUCUCCAGCGGGCUGGUGGGCAGCGAGCUGCAGGAGAAGCUGCUGUCGGCCGAGCGGGCCGUGACGGGCUACACUGACCCCUACACGGGCCAGCAGAUCUCCCUCUUCCAGGCCAUGAAGAAGGAGCUGAUUGUCAAGGAGCACGGCAUCCGCCUGCUGGAGGCCCAGAUCGCCACGGGCGGCAUCAUCGACCCCGUGCACAGCCACCGCCUGCCCGUGGAGGUGGCCUACCAGAGGGGCUACUUCGACCAGGAGAUGAGCCGCGUCCUGUCCGACCCCAGCGACGACACCAAGGGCUUCUUCGACCCCAACACCCACGAGAACCUCACCUACAUGCAGCUCCUGCGCCGCUGCGUGCCCGACCCGGACACGGGGCUGCUCAUGCUCCAGCUGAUGGACAAGGGCUCCGCCAUCUACCAGCUGCCCGAGGAGGCCCGCAAAGCCCUGCAGGCCGCCCGCACCACCCUCAGCGUGGGGCUCUUCCAGGGCCAGAGCGUCACCCUCUGGGAGCUCCUCUUCUCCCGCUACGUCCCCGACCAGCGGCGCCAGGAGCUCCUGCGCCAGUACAAGGCGGGGACGCUCAGCGUCUCCCAGAUGAGCAGCCUCCUCACCGCCAUCGUCACCGGGGAUGAGGGCCACCAGCCGCGGCAGCGCGAGGCCCCGGCGCCGGCCCAGAACGAGCGGGAGCGGGAGCGGGAGCAGGCCCUCAAGUCCCGCACUGUCGAGGUCCCGGCGGGCAGCUUCCCCGGCCGAGAGGUCUCCCUGUGGGAGCUCCUCUUCUCCACGUACGUCUGCGAGCAGAAGAGGCAGGAGCUGCUGGGGCAGGUGCGGGCCGGCAGCCUGGCGCUGGAGGAGCUGGCCGGGCUCCUGCGCCUCCUGGUGCAGGAGGCGGUGGAGCGGAGCAGCAAGGUGAAGUUCACGGGCCUCAGGAGGCAGGUGACCGCCUCGGACCUGGCCAACUCGGGCAUCAUCGACAAGGAGACGCUGGCCCAGCUGGUGCAGGGCUCCAAGACGGUGCAGGAGGUGACGCAAAUGGCCUCCGUCAAGCGCUACCUGGACGGCACGGGCUGCAUCGCCGGCGUGCUGGUGCCCUCCAAGGGCGACCCCGCCAAGCUGGAGAAGAUGAGCAUCUACCAGGCCAUGUGGAAGGGCGUGCUGAGGCAGGGCACGGGGCUGGUGCUGCUGGAGGCGCAGGCGGCCACCGGCUUCCUGGUCGACCCGCUCACCAACCAGAAGCUGUCGGUGGACCAGGCCGUCUCCAGCGGGCUGGUGGGCAGCGAGCUGCAGGAGAAGCUGCUGUCGGCCGAGCGGGCCGUGACGGGCUACACUGACCCCUACACGGGCCAGCAGAUCUCCCUCUUCCAGGCCAUGAAGAAGGAGCUGAUUGUCAAGGAGCACGGCAUCCGCCUGCUGGAGGCCCAGAUCGCCACGGGCGGCAUCAUCGACCCCGUGCACAGCCACCGCCUGCCCGUGGAGGUGGCCUACCAGAGGGGCUACUUCGACCAGGAGAUGAGCCGCGUCCUGUCCGACCCCAGCGACGACACCAAGGGCUUCUUCGACCCCAACACCCACGAGAACCUCACCUACAUGCAGCUCCUGCGCCGCUGCGUGCCCGACCCGGACACGGGGCUGCUCAUGCUCCAGCUGAUGGACAAGGGCUCCGCCAUCUACCAGCUGCCCGAGGAGGCCCGCAAAGCCCUGCAGGCCGCCCGCACCACCCUCAGCGUGGGGCUCUUCCAGGGCCAGAGCGUCACCCUCUGGGAGCUCCUCUUCUCCCGCUACGUCCCCGACCAGCGGCGCCAGGAGCUCCUGCGCCAGUACAAGGCGGGGACGCUCAGCGUCUCCCAGAUGAGCAGCCUCCUCACCGCCAUCGUCACCGGGGAUGAGGGCCACCAGCCGCGGCAGCGCGAGGCCCCGGCGCCGGCCCAGAACGGCGAGGCCGCGGGCUCCCGGCGGGAGCGGGAGCGGGAGCGGGAGCUGGAGCUGGAGCAGGCCCUCAAGUCCCGCACUGUCGAGGUCCCGGCGGGCAGCUUCCCCGGCCGAGAGGUCUCCCUGUGGGAGCUCCUCUUCUCCACGUACGUCUGCGAGCAGAAGAGGCAGGAGCUGCUGGGGCAGGUGCGGGCCGGCAGCCUGGCGCUGGAGGAGCUGGCCGGGCUCCUGCGCCUCCUGGUGCAGGAGGCGGUGGAGCGGAGCAGCAAGGUGAAGUUCACGGGCCUCAGGAGGCAGGUGACCGCCUCGGACCUGGCCGACUCGGGCAUCAUCGACAAGGAGACGCUAGCCCAGCUGGUGCAGGGCUCCAAGACGGUGCAGGAGGUGACGCAAAUGGCCUCCGUCAAGCGCUACCUGGACGGCACGGGCUGCAUCGCCGGCGUGCUGGUGCCCUCCAAGGGCGACCCCGCCAAGCUGGAGAAGAUGAGCAUCUACCAGGCCAUGUGGAAGGGCGUGCUGAGGCAGGGCACGGGGCUGGUGCUGCUGGAGGCGCAGGCGGCCACCGGCUUCCUGGUCGACCCGCUCACCAACCAGAAGCUGUCGGUGGACCAGGCCGUCUCCAGCGGGCUGGUGGGCAGCGAGCUGCAGGAGAAGCUGCUGUCGGCCGAGCGGGCCGUGACGGGCUACACUGACCCCUACACGGGCCAGCAGAUCUCCCUCUUCCAGGCCAUGAAGAAGGAGCUGAUUGUCAAGGAGCACGGCAUCCGCCUGCUGGAGGCCCAGAUCGCCACGGGCGGCAUCAUCGACCCCGUGCACAGCCACCGCCUGCCCGUGGAGGUGGCCUACCAGAGGGGCUACUUCGACCAGGAGAUGAGCCGCGUCCUGUCCGACCCCAGCGACGACACCAAGGGCUUCUUCGACCCCAACACCCACGAGAACCUCACCUACAUGCAGCUCCUGCGCCGCUGCGUGCCCGACCCGGACACGGGACUUUACUUCCUCAAACUGGGAGGCAGCAGGAGGAGGAAGGAGAAGAGGAGGAGGACCAGAGGCUGCGGGGAGCCAGCUGUGCUGGAGACGUGUCCAGCAGAAGAACACGGUGCCCCACAGCAGCAGGACUGUUCCCCAGAGACCAUGGAGAUGAGUGGACCCCCUCAGAACAAGUCAAGCAACACAGGAAGCAACCUGAGUGCAGGUGGACACAAGGAGAUGGGUGGGAGUAACUUCAUAGCUGGAGUCUUCAUCCAGGCCAUGAACAAGAAGAUGAGCAUCUAUGAUGCCAUGAUGAGGGGGCUGCUGACACCAGGUACAGCCCUGGUGCUGCUGGAGGCCCAGGCUGCCUCCGGGUUCCUCACCGACCCCGCGAGGAACCAGAAGCUGUCGGUGACAGAGGCACUGGCUGCGGGACUCAUCGGAAGAGAUUUUUAUGACAAGCUGCUGUCGGCAGAAGGAGCCGUGAGGGGCUACACUGAGCCCUACACCGGGCACAAGAUCUCCCUCUUCCAGGCCAUGAAGAAGGAGUUCAUUGUGAAGGAACAUGCCAUCCGCCUGCUGGAGGCGCAGAUCGCCACGGGCGGCAUCAUCGACCCCGUGCACAGCCACCGCCUGCCCGUGGAGGUGGCCUGCCAGAGGGGCUACUUCGACCAGGAGAUGUGCCAGUUUCUUUCUAACCCCAAGAACCAAACGAGAAGCUGCUUCGACCCCAACACCCACGAGAACCUCACCUACCUGCAGCUGCUGCGCCGCUGCGUGCCCGACCCGGACACGGGGCUGCUCAUGCUGCACGUGCUGGACCAGGGCUCGGUGCUUCACCAGCUCAACAAGGAGGCCCGCAAAGCCCUGCAGGCCGCCCGCACCACCCUCAGCGUGGGGCUCUUCCAGGGCCAGAGCGUCACCAUCUGGGAGCUCCUCUUCUCCCGCUACGUCCCCCACCACCAGAGAGAGGAGCUGCUGCGGAGGUACAAGGCGGGGACGGUGGCCAUACCAGAGAUGAUCACCAUCCUCACCACCAUCAUCACUGGGGCAGAGAUGGAGCACGGGGACCCGGGCUCACCCACAGCUACACCCAACAGUGAGGUGGAAGCACCUCAAGCUGUUCAGGUUAUGCACGCCCAGGAGCAACAGUUGAGGAAGUCCUUAAAGUCUGCAACCAUCCAUGUCACCGCUGGCGAGUUCCAAGGGCAAAACAUUUCCUUGUUGGAUCUGCUCUUCUCCAGGCACAUCCCUCAGGGGAGGCGGCAGGAGCUGCUGGAGCUGUACAGAGCAGGGAUACUGACCACAGAAGAGGUGGCUGCUGUGGUCACCACCGUCAUCAACAGAGCAGGCGUGGCAAGUGCCACCCUCACGGCCAAUGCCAGAGGUCCGCACAAGGUGGUGACAGGGGCAGAGGAAGCUGAAGAUGAAUUUUCAACACAAGAUGCACAACUAGAUAACAUCUUGAAAUCCACCACCACGGAGGUGCCAGCUGGUGAGUUCCAGGGGAGACAGGUCUCUGUGUGGGACCUGCUCUUCUCCAGCUACAUCCCUGAGGAGAAAAGACAGGAGCUCCUGGACAUGUUCCAUGAAAGGUUAUUAACUCUGGAGCAGAUGACAACAGUUGUCACCACUCUCGUUAAGAAAAAGGAAUCUACAGGCAGGAAACUCCUAAUUACAGUCAAGGCUUCCAACAAGGACACAGUGUCAGCAGCAGGAGAGAAGGAUGAUGACUCCUCCAGAGAAGAAACUUGGGAAACAGCCCUGAAAAACACAACCAUUGAGAUGGAUGUUGGAAAGUUCCGGGGCCACAAGGUCUCUGUCUGGGACCUGCUCCACUCCAAGUACAUCCCCAAGGAGACCAGAAAGGAGCUGCUGGAGCUGUACCAGGCAGGAGAGCUGACCCUGGAGCAGGUGAAGACCGUGGUCAGCACCAUUGUCACCAAGGCAGAAGCAGCAAAGGACAAGCAGUUGGCAGAUGAAAGCCCAAGAGCCGAGGUGACAGUUCCCAAAGCUGAGCACACCCACCCGCAGGACAGGAGCUGGGAGGAGACCCUGAGGUCCACCACUGUUGAGAUGCCUGUGGGUGAGUUCCAGGGGAGACAGGUCUCUGUGUGGGACCUGCUGUUCUCCAGCUCCAUCCCUGAGGAGAAGAGGCAGGAGCUCCUGGGGCUGUACCGUGCAGGGGCAGUGGCCUUGGAGCAGUUAGUAACUGUUGUCACCACUCUUAAGGAUGAUGACUCCUCCAGAGAAGAAACUUGGGAAACAGCCCUGAAAAACACAGCUGUUGAGAUGGAUGUUGGAAAGUUCCGGGGCCACAAGGUCUCUGUCUGGGACCUGCUCCACUCCAAGUACAUCCCCAAGGAGACCAGAAAGGAGCUGCUGGAGCUGUACCAGGCAGGAGAGCUGACCCUGGAGCAGGUGAAGACCGUGGUCAGCACCAUUGUCACCAAGGCAGAAGCAGCAAAGGACAAGCAGUUGGCAGAUGAAAGCCCAGGAGCCGAGGUGACAGUUCCCAAAGCUGAGCACACCCACCCGCAGGACAGGAGCUGGGAGGAGACCCUGAGGUCCACCACUGUUGAGAUGUCAGCUGGUGAGUUCCAGGGGAGACAGGUCUCUGUGUGGGACCUGCUGUUCUCCAGCUCCAUCCCUGAGGAGAAGAGGCAGGAGCUCCUGGAGCUGCACGGUGCAGGGGCACUAAGCACCCCGGAGCUGGCCAGCACCACCGGCAGCACGGCGAGAGCCCGCCCGGGCGGGCAGCGGGCAGCCCUGCCCCAGACGGUGGAUCUGCUGCGUUCCGAGGGCUCCUACAUCACCUUCGGGCCCUUCCAGGAGCGGCAGGUCUCGGUCUGGGAGCUCCUCUCCACCGAGCAGGUCUCCGAGUACAAGCGGGAGGCGCAGCUCGACUCCUACGGCGCGGGGGGGCUGAGGGUCAACAGGAUCACCAUCACCACCACCGUCACCACCGGCCCGCAGAGCCCCCACCGGGGUCUCUAG